UCCGCCCGGCACGGCAGCGGCGCAGGCGCGGCUCGGCCAUGGCGGCGGCCGUGGAGCGCCGCCUCGCCCAGUUCCGCGCCGCCCGCGGCAGCGCUGCCGCCGCUCCGCGCCCCGCCGAGGCGCCGGGAGAGGCCGCGGCUCCGGAGGCCGCCGAGGGACCGCGGGCAGCCGCGGCGGGCCCGGGCGGCGGCGCUGAGGUCCGUCCCGGCGCGGCGGCGGCGGCUCCGGUGUGGGCGCGCCCGCUGCUGCUGAAGGUGCUGCUGUGGGCCGUACUGCUGGCGCUGUUCGCGGAGCUGGAGCUCGGGCUGCCCUACUUCGUGCUCUCCCUGCUCUACUGGAUGUACGCCGGCACCCGCGGCCCCGCGGAGCGGCGGCCCGGCGAGCUCAGCGCCUACUCCGUCUUCAACCCCGGCUGCGCCGCCAUCGCCGGGACGCUGCGGGCCGAGCAGCUGGAGCGGGAGCUGCUCCACCGGCCCGCCGCGGGCAGGUAGCGCCCGGCCCGGCCCGAGGGGGCAAUGGAACGGCGUUUGUUCCUAUGCAAAAAUCCGCCUGAGCCUUACUGCUGGCCCCGCGUCCCCCGGCGCCGGCCGGUCCCCAAUAAAGCCGUAGCAAAGCCUGC